GCACUCACUUCCAUCAUCAUCAUCAACAUGAACUCUCUGGCCGUGAUCUUUCUGGUGGUCGUAGCUCAGGUCCUAGGGGCUCCCAGCUACCACGGACCCGAGGCCAAGCCUGUGGUGUUGCCUAGCGGACACUUGGCAGACACCCAUGAAGUGGCGGCCCUCAAGAGUCUGCACCUGGGUGCGUUGUCACAGGCCGGAACCCACGGCCACGGCGACCAUCAUGACGACGGCGACCACGGACACAGCGGCGCUGCCUAUCAUGGACCUCACGCUCUACCCAAGGUGUUACCGGACGGUCACUUAGCCGACACUCAUGACGUAGCUGCCGCCAAGGAAGCUCACCUCGCCGCCCUGGCCGAGGCUAAGAGCAAGAACCCUGGUGGAGACUACAGCGAGACAUCUUACGACAGCCACAGCCACCACGUGACCACUGACAGUCAUCACGGCCAGUCGUACCACGGACCCCUCGCCAAGCCCGUGGUCCUCCCCUCAGGUCAUCUCGCAGACACCCACGAGGUCGCCGCUGCCAAGGGAGCUCAUCUGGAGGCCGUCGCCGCACAACACCACUAUACCUCCUGGAGGAAGGUAGUUCUGGCUGUUGCCUUCCAGAGACUCGGAACCAGGUUGAGGAUAGUUGUAUCCGUUAUUUGUACCUUCAACUCCCUUGUUGGUGCUCAUCUGAGACCACAAAGACUUUGCCUUGUCCAAGGCUGCGAGAUGAGCGGCUCUAGCGGCAGAUACAUCCGCAGUGUCGGCGAUGUGGCCAUCCGGCAGCACCAUCAACAUAGCCACGGGGCCGCGAUAUCUGCUGUCAUAGUCCAUGGACACUGGAGGGUAGCCACUACCACUGCCUGGGGCAGUGAAUUUGGCGGUGGCCGCGACAGAGGAAGAGUGGCGAUGGAGUGUGACAAAUUAUUGGGGCACGGCCAAAGCCAUUGCUCCAUUGCAUCGCCAGAGCUCUCCAUGUACUUCCAAGUGAACAACCCUAACGUCGAGAAGAUGACUUCCAGUUACUCUAUGGUGUUGGUAGUACACGUGCUGUUGGUGCUCGGUGGUCGGUGGUUGGUGGUCAGCGGAUAUCGGGGGCUGGUGUUGAGCGCAGUGGUAGCUGUGAGUCUAGCAGCCCCCGGGCUAUACCACGAGGGUGGCUACCACGGACCUCUGGCCGUGCCUCACGUGCUGCCCGACGGUCACCUGGCAGACACACACGAGGUGGCGGCGGCCAAGGCAGAGCACUUCAGCGCCAUAGCCAAGGCAGCGGCUCACUCCGGGGCCCACCAUGGGGCCUACCACGGGGAUGGGGCUGCCUACAGCGAUGGCUACGCGGGGGCCUACACCCACGACGAUCAUGCCGACCUCAGGUACCACGGACCGAUAGCCGUUCCACACGUCCUGCAUGACGGACACAUCGCAGACACUCACGAGGUGGCCGCUGCUAAGGCUGAGCAUUUCGCCGCCGUAGCCAAGGCCAAGGCUCACGGAGGACACGGCUACGGAGACCACGACGACUACGACGGUAGGUACGCGGGCGGCUACGGUCACUCUGGGUUCUCCGGUGCGUACCACGGGGGUGCUGGGUACGUGGCAGCCUACCAUGGACCCCUGGCCAAGCCGGUGGUGCUGCCCAGUGGCUACCUGGCUGACACUCACGAGGUCGCUGCUGCCAAGGGACAUCACCUGAGCGCCCUGGCCCAUGCUCAUCACUCCGGACACCACGAAUGCGUGUACAGCGGACAUGUCACACUCGGAUGGGGACGGCAGGGGGAGGCGGCCCUGAACAUACGUAUAUAUACGCUACUGAUAUCUCACCAGGCAGAUAACACGUCACCCACACACUCUCCAACACACUUCAACAUGAACUCUCUGGUGGUUUUGGUAGCCGCUCUGGUGAGCCUAGUCCACGCAGCCCCUAGCUACUACACAGCAGCCCCUGUGUGGCACGGACCCUUGGCCGCCCCUGUGGUCCUCCCCUCGGGUUACUUGGCUGACACUCCGGAGGUCGCUGCCCUCAAGGCUGCCCAUGGUGCUGCCCUCGCUUCUGCCCCCGGCGGUUAUGCUCCCACCCACGGCUACGUCGCUGCUCCUGAGGCUGUCCACGGCCCCCAGCCUAAAUGGCACGGACCCCUGGCUGUCCCCGUGGUCCUUCCCUCUGGGUACCUGGCCGACACUCCCGACGUCGUCGCUCUCCGCGCCGCCCAUGCCGCUGCUCAUGGACACGGAUACCACCACUAGUCCGUUCUCCACACCUCUGCCAUGCUCAACCAGUACAAAACUAGAUCUGCUCUUACCAAAGGUGGAGCAAAUUUUGUGUAUUUAUUACGAUCUGUCAAUUGCUCAAUAGCCCAAUAAAAUAAAAUCUUUAUUACA